UUGUGAAUGUCAGGAAAGUUUUACUUGUGAAUUAAAUUAUGUUAAACACCAGAUGUCUCAUGAUCAAAAGCAAAAAUGUUUUUUUUCUGAAACUAAGAAUGAAGAGAAAGAUCAUGAGAAGACUCACACAGGAGACAAACAAUUUGCAUGUUUUGCAUGUGGGAAAUGUUUCACCACCAAUCAAAGCCGUGUUGCACAUGAGAGAUCGCAUACGGGAGAAAAACCAUAUGUAUGUUCAGAAUGUGGGAAAUGUUUCACGACAAAAUCGCAACUUAAUAUUCACGUAAGAUUUCACACUGGAGAAAAACCCUUUGCGUGUUCUGAAUGUGGGAAACGAUUUACCACAAAAUCAAAUGUCAUUUCACAUGAGAGAAUUCACACAGGAGAAAAACCAUUUUCAUGCGCUGACUGUGGAAAAUGCUUUAAUUUAAAGUCACAGUUUCAUGCUCAUGAGCGAAUUCACACAGGAGAGAAGCCAUUUGCUUGCUCAGAAUGUGGGAAAUGUUUUGCCAGAAAAGCAAAUCUUAUUUCUCAUGCGAUAAUUCACACAGGAGAAAAAACUUUUGCAUGUUCUGAAUGUGGGAAAUACUUUACCACAAGUCAAGGCCUUCUUAUACACAAGAGAACUCACACAGGAGAAAAGCCAUUUGCAUGUUCAGAAUGUGGGAAAUGUUUUACGACAACAUCAUAUCUCAGUUUGCAUAAGAGAUUUCACACAGGAGAGAAACCUUUUGCUUGUUCUGAGUGUGGGAAAUGUUUUAGUACAAAAUCAUACCUUAAUAUACAUGAGAGAUUUCACACAGGGGAAAAGCCAUAUGCGUGUUCAGAAUGUGGCAUGUGCUUUUCCCUUAAACCACAUCUUCUUAGACAUGAGAGAGUUCACACUGGAGAGAAACCGUAUGAAUGUUCUACAUGCGGAAAAUGUUUUUCUGCUAGGCAACAUCUAAUCAGGCAUGAGAGAAUUCACACAAGAGAUAAAACAAUUUGUCCAAUUUGACUUUGACAAAGUUUCACAUGGAGAAAAUUAAUGUAAGAGAAAAUAAUUUGUGUAUUCUGUGUGUUGAGAAACUUUUACCAUCAAUUCAGAUGUUAGUGUUCACAUAGGAAAGGCUAUAUUAUAUCCUGAAUGUGGGGAAUGUUUACCUCCACAAAAUGUCUUUAUCAACAUGAAAGAAAUCACAAAUUGAGUGACAUGGGCUGGAUAAAGCACACACUUGAUUUUAGGACAUUUGUCUUUCUGUGAAUCUUUAUUAUAUGCCUUCAGUAAG